ACACAAGCACACCGGAUCCCACUCAAAUCCUAGACCUUGGGGAAGCCUAGCCUGUGCCUUGGCGGACGCUGUUCCAACUUUACACGUACAGCUCGUGCGCGAUCUGCCAUGCUGGCUCCAGUGGGCUCCAGCGCCGGGCCUGUCGCCUCUCCCCGCCCGCCGGGUGGAGGCGGCGAGGCGCUUCUGCCCGCGGCGACGGAGGGCGAGGAGCUGGUGACGCUGCUGGAGGACGGCCGGCAGGAGGUGGACGAGGAGCGCGGGCGCGCGUCCACGCAGAGGCACUCCGGGACCAAGGAGCGCGCGGAGAAGCACGAGAAGCGGCGUAGCCGAGGGGGCGGGGCGCAUGGCGGGGGCUCGCAGGACGGGUGGAACGUGCGGGAGAACUUCUGGUGGCUGUGGGGGGGGUCGCCGCACUCGGGGCUGCUGUGCAUGGCGUCGUCCGCGCUGCUCUUCAGCUUCAUGGGGCUGCUCGUCAAACUGCUCUCUGUGCACGCCAUCCCGUCGUUCGAGACCGUUUUUGUGCGGUGCGCCGUGAUCGCAGCGCUGUCCGCCCUGUGCCUGCACCGCAUCGGCCACCCGCUGCUGGGCGCGCCCAACCUGCGCCUGCUGCUGCUGGCGCGCGCUGUGCUGGGCUUCAUCGCCCUCUCUGCUUUCUUCUACAGCAUCCAGGUGCUGCCGCUGCGUGACGCCACGCUGAUCAGCUUCACGCUGCCGGUGUUCACGGCCAUCAUCGCCACCAUGUUCCUCGACGAGAAGUUCACCUCCAGAGAAAUCGCAGGCACAGCAUGUUGUCUUCUGGGGGUGCUCAUGGUGACCCAACCACCAAUCGUCUUCGGAGGCCCGUUGACUGGGCAAGAGGACCCGUCGCAGCGCCACGAGAGUCUCGUGGGGGUGCUGGUGGCGCUGCUGGCAGCGCUGGUGGGCGCAGUGGCGCUGUGCCUCGUGCGCAGCAUUGGCAAGACAGGGGAACAACCACUCGCGGUUGUGUUUGUCUUCGCUGCCUUCUCCUGCCCGGCUUCCUUGAUCUGUCUGCUGCUCUUUCAGGGUUUUGUGAUGCCAUCGGCAUCUGAGCUGGUGGGCAUGCUGCUUGUGGGGGUCACGGCCUUCGCAGCUCAGGUUCUGCUCACGCGCGGGCUGCAGCUGGAGAAGGCAGGCAGAGCGUCAGCGAUGCAUUACAUCAAGGUCGUGGGCACCUACUUCCUGGGGCUGCUCUUCCUCUCGGAGCGCCUGUCGCUCAAGAGUGCAGCGGGAACGGUGCUAAUCUGUGCUGCCACAGCCUUCAUUGCAGUGGGGGACAGGGAUGUGCGAGGGGAAGAGCGUGCGUGACUCACACUACCAUGCUGCUGCCUACUUUAGCUGUUCUCAUAUUGGGUAUAUAAGCGUAAUGAGCGAGGAACAUGGCGUUUUCCCAGCCAUUGCCAUGUGCGUCAAAUGGCAUACGAUCAUGAGUCAGCUGCCGCCACACCCUACUUGAGUAGGCUGGUAGUGAGUAGGUGUGUAAGGAUUAGGAUGGGUGUGAAAGUCGAGGAAUAGUGUUCAUUGUUGAUUGUGGUUUGUGAUAUAACACCAGUACCGUAGCUUAAAAUCAAAGUACAAUGAAACA